AUGGCAACUACAUUCUACAAGCCCCUCUCGUGCUUUGAGCCCUCGUUCGAGCGAUUCGCCACGGUAUCUCAGGAUGGCCGCCUCAAGAUUUUCGACACCCGCUCGGGAGGCGUCCAGCAGCAGCUGGCCGAGAAGGAUCAUCUCAGCACGCAGUACACUGCCAUCGCCUGGGGCGCCACAACCUUCCAGGGCGUCGGUCAGACCGAGCGCAGCAAGCGUGCCAAGAAGCAGCUCGGCGGUGCCGUUGCCAUUGGUACGGCCAAGGGCACCAUCGUCGUGUGGGACGUCCUGCGCGGCGAAGUGCACAAGGAGCUCGGCGGCAAGGAAGGCCACACCGGCAAGGUGAACGACCUGGUCUUCACCGAGGGCGCCACCUUCCUCUUCUCCUGCUCUGACGACCUUCAAGUCAUCAAGUGGAACGUCGAGAACGGCGAGAUCGUCGCCAAGUUCAAGGCCGACAACCAGCCGAUCUCGUCGCUGGCCCUGUCGGCGGACAAUUCCACGCUGGCCACCGCCUCGGCCAUGAUCAAGAUGUGGGAUCUCGCCUCCUCCAAGUCCCAGAAGAAGUUCACCGGUCACACUUCGGCCGUGACCAGCCUGAACUUCUCCGCCAAUGGCAAGUUCCUCGUCUCCGCCUCGGCCACCGAGCGCUACACGAGCGUGUGGGACCUCGAGGCCGCCGGCAAUGCGGGCGCCGCCGCUGGUACCGCCUUCUCAUGCUCGGAAGCAGAGGCUUGUCAUUCUUCAAUGGCGCACUGA